AUGGCUAGCGCCUACGGCUCUCUACAUACAUGCAAACCGCCAUCAUCACAGGAUGCAAAACCACCGGUUCUAUACACGACCGAAUCAGAACAAAAUAGAAACAGGAGAUCAGCAUGGAAAUUAAUUAGAAAUAUUGUCAUUGUUGCUCUAAUGGUCAUAUGGGUAACGCAUGGUACAUAUUCGUUCGCACCAACCUUUCGGAAGUGCAACACACACAAAACGAAGCAGGAGACUCAUGCUGCGAAUGCGCAAAUACCGAAUCGAAUGCACUAUGUCAAACUCCUCGACAACCCCGGAUCAGUUAAUGAGUUGUCUUUCCAUUUCAUGGAAUAUCUCUCCGUUUAUGCAGCUUGGUAUUAUUGGCGCCCAGACACGAUUUACUUACACACAAAUGCUGUGCAUGAUACCAUUUCGGGCGCAAGAGACGGAUUUGCUGGGAAAUGGGCAAAACUCAUUCUUCAAAUUCCCAAUAUUAAAAUCCUACGAGUUACGGUACCUAGUGUUGCUGGCUACACGCUCUCACGGAACCUUCAAACCGAAGUUGUUGCCGCUGCGGCAGUUCGAGAUCUCGGUGGCGUGUAUUCAGCCUUUGAUGUCCAUGCACUGCAAGACAUUCAGGCGUAUCGCCAUAGCGGCUUCCCCUCAGUUCUUGCUGCAUCAGGCGAUACGGGAGUCUCUCACGACUUCUUCAUGUCGAAAAGGGAUGCAAUGCUGGUCACUGCCUGGGAGGACAGGCUAGAACAAGCCUAUGCAUUGGGAGCUGGUUCGAUAGGGGAGACUAUUUUACCAGGAGUUGUCGGUAGCAUCAUGAGAAUUGCUCCACAAGAACUUCGACUCAUGGACACGAUGUCUUUUGUAACGGACCAGGACAAUUCCACGAUGUCGAACAUGUUGUAUCAUGUGCCUGAGACAGGAGCAGAGGAUUCGUCCAAGAAGCAGCCUGACUCUGGGAACCUCAAGCAGAUUGAGUUUGAGUUUAUUGAUUGGUCGAAUACUCAUCUUGUACAACUGACAGAUCCUCAAGACCGUAAAUGGACGGGGAAUAGGUCGGAGUACGUCACGCCUCGGCAUAUUCUCGAUAGACGAAGCAAUUUUGCUCGCGCUUUAUAUCCUAUUGCCAAGAUUUUACAUGACAAGGGACUGUUGCAGUUGGAUGAGGAGUUCUACUAA